AUGGCUGCCGAUGCCGCGCCGGCACUGAAGGAGCCUCUUUUGGCAAAAGAGGAAAUCUCUUGCUGGCCGUCUGCGUCGGAGGUUGCCGCCAAAGAAGAGCCUGAUGAGGCUGGCGAGAAGAGGAAGCACAAUCCUGAUGAGGCUGGCAAGAAGAAGCGCAAUCCCAAACCGGGGUCGCGAAAGAGCUACCGUGGAUGUCCUCCGUCAGUCGGCAUGUCGAUUGAAGGGAAGCAUCCCAAAACAGCCGUCUCCCAAUUUUUGGAGCGCUACCUCAACAGAGCUUUGACCCAGAACGACAUCCACUACUCCUGCAGGGAACUUGGAAAUGGCCGAAUCCUCGCAAUCCUCAGGGUGCCGUGCUUCAACGACGAGCAGUACUUUGGGGAGGCCGAUAGUAAAGAGGAGGCCGAAAAGUUGGCAGCCGCCAGUUUCUUGCAGGACGCGGAUGUGCAGGAUGCCUUGAAAACAUUGGCGCCCUCAAUGUCCCAAGUGCGGAGCUGGGAAAAAGCCCACAAUCCCAAGCUGCGAGCCUGGCGGAGAGGUGGGCAUGGCGGGCAUGGCGGGCAUGGUGGGCAUGGCGGGCAUGGUGGGCAUGCUGGGCAUGGUGGGCAUGCUGGGCAGAGCCGAAGGGGCCAGGAUGUCCAGCGCCUUUUCCAGGAGUCGCACUCUGCCUGGGUUGACAGCUUUAAUUGCCGCAGCGCCAUUCGCGAUCGACGCGCAUGA